GAUGACUUAGUGAGACUUAUGUUGGAUUAUUAAUUGAAUUAUUCUUCAUGUUAAAGAACUGAUAGUAUGGAUGCCAAUAGAUUUGUCACCAUCGGAGAACCCACCAUCUGCCCGGAGAUCCCACCCUAAACAUACCAAACCUAGGAUCUUUCACAAGUAUAAAGAGUCAAGGAAUUUACAGGACAGUCUUCUUCCCUCUUGGACCCUGUCACCAUAUCUCAAUCCUCUAUUUCGCAAUCCCUUAUCCAAUCAAGCCAAGCCGGAGCAGAACUGAAGCCUUCCAAACUAUGGAACAAAUGAAAGCCGUCCGUAUUAUCACCGCAGGUAGUAAAGCCAGCGCAGAAAUUCGUGACGAACCCCUACCAACCCCAGGUCGCCAUGAAGUGCUGAUUAGGGUGCACGCGGCCUCACUGAACUACCGUGACACGGCCCUGCUGAGGGGGGAAUAUCCCGCAGCGACCAAGAAGGGCGUUGUCCCUGUAUCUGACGGUGCCGGCGAGGUUGUUGCAGCUGGCAAAGACGUAACACGAGUCAAGAAAGGCGACCGCGUCACCGUUAGUUGCUUCGCCAACUGGAUCGGCGGCCCAUAUAACCCAGACUAUCGCUCCAACAGCGUCGGCUUCAGUAUCGACGGGAUGUUGGCUGAAUAUGCGCUCUUCUAUGAAGACGCACUCGUCCCCAUCCCGGACUACAUGACCUAUACCGAGGCGGCCUCGCUCCCCUGCGCAGCUGUCACAGCCUGGACGGCGCUGAACAAGAUCGAGCCCCUCCAGCCGGGCCAGACGGUUCUGAUCCAGGGCACCGGGGGCGUCUCGCUUUUUGCCCUGCAGUUUGCGAAGGUCUUCGGUGCUCGUGUGCUCGCGAUCACGUCAUCGGACGAAAAGGCCGCUAAGCUUAAGGAACUAGGUGCCGACGCUGUCGUGAACUAUAGCACCUGUCCUGACUGGGAUCGCGAGAUCCUUGCUCUGACUGAUGGAAAGGGCGUCGACAGGGUGCUAGACAUUGCUGGAGAGAAAACUAUCGUGAAGUCUGCAGCGUCGACUAAGAUAACUGGCGUGGUUGUCCUGGUUGGCUUUGCAAGCGGUUUCGGCGGCGGCCUUCCGCCGAUUGACAUACUUGUUCGAACCCUGACAGUAACCGGAUCCACUAUUGGCUCGCGAAUGGAUUUCGAGGCGAUGCUUACAGCGAUGGAGAGGCACAAAAUACGGCCUGUCAUUGAUCGGGUUUACCCAUUUGCGGAAUAUCGCGAGGCUUACCGGAGGCUUGAGACUGGGCAGCAUGUCGGCAAGAUUGUUAUCGAAGUUACUCACUAGGCGGCGGUUUGGACUGUGAGGUGGUUUGGUAAGAGAGUACUUAUUGUAUAGCUUUUCUCUUGGAUCCUUCGAAGAGGUUAACCGUGC